AACAAGAAUAGCGAUUGGAUAAAUCCGAUAAAGUUACGAUUUUCGGUUCGGUUACGAAACGAAGCAGUACCACAGAUGCCACGUGAUGGUGGCAAAAUUGUUGAUAUGAAUUUAUAUCCCGUGAUCAACAAAUAUGGCUCGGAGGACGUUUUUACCGUUAGUUUUCUUCCGUAA